AUCGAGAAGCUCCGAAAAUCUGGCUCCGCAGAUGCUGCUGGUGAGGACAACACCCCCCGCUUGACAAUCAAGGAUCUCCCGAAGAUGGAUUUCAGCGAUGCUGGGGGCAGAACCCCUCUUGACGAAUUUUUGGCUGGUUGGGAAGAUCAGCCCCAAUUCCGACCCACGGACUCGAUUUGGCAGCGUGCUGGAGCGCGUGAAGGUGGCCGCGUGCAGUCAUCUCACCAGCCGUCGAGUACAGAAAUGUUCCUGAAACCCAUGAAGACAGCGAAGGGUGAGAAAUCAUUGCUAAUAAUAGACUUUGUAAAUAACAUUGUCCCCCAAGAAGAGGAAGAGACCUUGGGCAACCAAGGAAGUGCUAAAAUUGUGGUGACUUAUGGGCCAAAAAAGCCAAAA